UUGGAGGUGGUUGGAUUAUAACCCCGUAGACCCCCCUCUUUUCAUCUAGCUUUCUCCUCCUCCCCACCAUUUCUCUUUCAAUAUGCUGUUUUCCACUCCUGACGACUUGCUUAUGAAACCGGGGAAAAUAGCCUGAAACAGAGAACGGGAAAGACUACAUUUUUCCGUAAUAAUCUGUUCUGCGACGUUGCAUUCGUCCUCGCGCUCACAUUGAUUGUUCAACACAUAAAUGGAUAGGAAUUACCCGGGAACAGGAUUUGGCGAUUUGGGCGCAGGAGCAGGAUGGAGUUACGAGAGAUCGGCAAAAGCAAGUCUUGUAUAUGGGAGUUCAAGAUCAUCCCAUCCUGAGUCUGAGCUUCUUCACAGACAAGCCUACGCCACCCCACACCCUCUGCAGGGCUAUGCCACCAAUCACCACCCAGGGAGUUCUGGACAAGGCGGGGCUUGGGGAGCAGCUGGACGGAGUUUGGGUCUGUCCGGGCUCUUUGACACUGGCCUGCACCAUGCAAGCCCUGCAACACCUGAUGCCUCCGUCAUGAACCUGAUUUCAGCAUUAGAGUCACGGGGUCCCCAGCCUCCACCCUCUGCUUCUUCUCUUCUUUCUCAAUUUCGCACACCAUCCUGGCAGACUGCAAUGCACACACCUGCUCCUCCUGAACUAUUCAUCUCUGGAGCCCUUCCUGGCUCUGGGUCAUUCCCCUCCUCCUCAGCACUGUCAGCCUAUCAGCACCCAGCAUCAUUUUCCAGUCGUUCCUUCCCUGCUGCAUCUCUUUCCCUUCAAGACACGCCCACAUUUAGCCCCACAUCCAAUGGUCUGCUCUCCCCUCAUGAUCCUCUCCUUCACAUCAAGGCCCCUUCACAGUCCAGCUUGGGUUUUGACAGACUCCUAUCAUCCCAGGGUGCUGCUGCAGCUGCCUACAGAGGCAGCCAAGAUCCCACGGGGGCUACAUCUGCCCAGGCAUCUUCUGCCAGACACCUGCAGUCACACCAGUUCAACUUGCUGUCAUCUCAGCUUCAAGACCAGUCCUCACAGCUGUACAAUGCAUCAGUAUUCUCAUCAGCCCAGGCUCAACCACAAUCCCAGUCCCAGUCCAACUCUGCUCAGGAGCGGGCCGUACCACGCCAGGACAGCGUCAUUAAGCACUACCAGAGGCCUACACCUUCACAGUCUCAGCUUUCCUCUUCUGCUGCUCAUUCCCUGCAGCACUACCUCAGCUGUGGAGGGGCAGGAUACCAGCAGAUAGCCACCCACCACAGACAUGCUGGCCUUUCUUGCAGCCCGCUGGGUGAUCAGAGCCCCUCAUCAGACCACAAAAGCUCCUCUCGCACUGAACAGUAUCGGCCAAUUAUACAGCCUCCAUACUCCUCCUCUUCCUCAUCUUCAUCAUCAGCAGGGAAAGGUUCUAAAAGCAGUUCCAGCAGUGGCUACUCCUCUGCCAGUUCAGCAUCAUCCUCACGGACUCCUCACACCCCUCCUUCUGCUUCCUCCACCUCCUCCUCUUCAUCAUCCUCCUCUGCCACCUCUGGGGCUCAUCCCUCAAACUCAAUCCCCACCUCCAGCUCCAGCGCUGCCCCAUCCAGACAACAACCCCCGCCUCAAUCUGCUCCACCACCUCCAGCCCCUCAACAACCACAACCGCAAGCAUCCUCUACUUCCACUUCAGCCCCUCAGUCUCUUCCUAAAUCUUGCCUGUCAGGCUACGGUUCCCCUGUGCCACCUGUGAAGACCCCCACCUCUGCACUAACAGGCCAGACUCCGCCGCAACAACAGGCUCAGUCCUACUCCCCCAGUCAGCCGCCCACUUCACAUUUGACUCAGUCGUAUGGAGGCUUUAGUUCCCCACAAGCCCAAGACCUGAGCUCAGGUACUGCGGGGAAGGGCUACGGCAGUCUAGGUGGUCGAAGCCAGUCAUACUCUGCUGACAUUUAUGGCACAGAUUCUGCUUAUGGUUCACUCCCGUCCUCUCUCGGUGGAGCUGGAAGCCCAUCACUAGGUUAUGGCGCAACAGGCCACUCACCUGCCCUUUUACGGUCAAGCGGCUCAUCAGGAAGUGGGGCAUCAGGUGGUGGAAGCAGUGGAACAGGAAAUGGUAACUCUGGUUCUGGAGCUGCUGGAAGCAGUCUGACAAAUGACAGAGGAGGGACAGGUAGUGGCACUGGUUCUUACCAUAUUCCUGAUUCAAGCCCCUCGCCAUCAGGCAACUCUAGUAUCAUACGACCUGGUUUGCACUCUCCAGUGCCUGCCUGUCCCACUCAAUCUCCUGGAGGCCCUGGGUCUAAUAAAUAUAUAUCAUCAGUUCUAUCUCCCACCUUUUUGUCUUCCCCUCAAGGAUACCCUGACACCAGAGGCCCCAGCUCCCAAUCUCAGUCCUAUCACAACACCUCCUCAAAGACCAAGACUGACACUUCCAUGCUUGGUGUGGGGGCUCAGAGAUCCCAAGAAGAAGUUGAUGAUGACGAGGAGUUUUUGAUUCAGCAUUUGCUGCAAGCCGAAGCUAGUCCAGCCCCCCAGACAGCUCAUCACCAUUCUCAACAACCGCCACAGCCGUCCCAACAAACCCAGCCCCCACCCCAGGCAGUUCCGUCAACGACAGAGUCGGGCAAAGGCCUGAGCUAUGACAUGAGUAAGAGCUCAGAAGAGAGGUACCACCCUCAGAGCGUCAUCCGCACACACAGUGCUACAUCCAGCAGUGGGGCAGGGUCUGGAGCCAUCUCAGGCCUGGACACACAGUUAGAGAUGUCACUCAAGAAGCAACAGCAUCAUCACCAACAGCAGCCGCCGCAGAGGAGCGAGAGAUCUGUGGGCAGCAGCCGGAGCAGUGGAGGCAGAGGCAGUAAUGAGCAGGUGCACUCCCACCUCCAUCAUCAUGAGAGUCUAAGCUCUGUAGUCCACUAUGGCCGUGGCGACCCCUACUCCCAGCACUCUCUCACUCCCCAGCACACCUCACAUAAUCAGCAUGUCUCCUCACACUCUCAGCUUCCUCACACUCAAAUGGAUCUCCAGAAGAAAUCACAGGAGCGUGCUGAGAUUCCUUAUCCCAGAAAAACACCUGAAGUCCAGCAGCAGCAUUCUCAGUCUCAAGGGUCUCUCAUUGAUUCCCCCACGGAUCAGUCACGGCAGCCACCCCACCUUCUUCAGUCAGUGCUGUCUCACACGACUCGGAAUAAGCUUGAACCCCAUCAGCAGCAUCAUAAAAUGGACUCUCAUAGGCAGCACCCACAGCACCAUAAAAUGGACACCCAUCAGUCGCAUCAGCAGCAUGCGAAGUUAGAGUCUCAUUCUCAGCACCAAUCACACUCCAAGAUGGAGCCACAUCAACAUCAGCAUCACAAGAUGGACUCUCACUCCCAGCAGCAGCACUCUAUUAGCCAGGCUGUACUGGAGAGCGCUGCUGGGAGACUGGGCUCUUCCAAACACCAGACGCCAUCCCAGUCCCAGACCACUCAACUCCAGCUUCAGCUCCAGUCCCAGGCUUUGGAGGUGGCAGCAGCUCACUACAACCACGGCCCGCCUCCUCAUCAGCACGAGCAGAGCCAAGUGAAGCAGAGCUCUGUUGUGUCAUCUUUAGACAUGCUGGAACGCUCGCUGUCUCAGACAUCCAGCACAGAUGUGGAGGACAGACGAGGAGGAGGGAGUGGGGGGCGGAGCAGUGGUAAUAGUGAGCGACACAGACAACAGGAGCAGCAACAGAGGCAGCAUCCACCUCACCAUCACUCCACCUCUGAGUUGCACUCGUUUUUGUCUGAGCCGGACAUUGGCCUGUCCACCCCUUCUCACAUGCACCACCUAUCGCAGCAUCAUCCACAAACACAGCAGCACCCUAGCUCUCAGCACCAACACCCCCAUCACUCCCAUCCCCAGGCCCCACAUCCCCAUCACAUUCCCUCCUCUGCCUCAGGCCAUGCUCAACCAGAGCAGCCACCUCUCUCCACCCAGCUCACCCCUCAGCAGGGCCAGUUAGACCAACAACGUUCGGAGCAGCAUCAGUUUGACACAGUGAGCCCUGUGGAAAAGGCUGACCAAAAUCAACAAAGUAAUCGUUUUGUACCGCUGACAUCCAUCUGCUUUCCUGACUCGCUCCUUCAGGAUGAGGACCGCUCCUUUUUCCCUGCGAUGGAGGAUAUGUUUUGUGCUGAAGACUACAAGUCAAGCUGUGCCGGAGGAGCAGGACCAGGGCAGGGGGAGAUGAAUGAAAGCCAUGCGGGUCCAGAGGCUAUUGAAUCUAUGAAAGCAGCUCAAAGUACAGCAACACCGGGAGCAGGAAGUACUGGCAGCUAUGACAUGAUGAGUCACCAUGGAAACCAGGGAUAUGAACCUUACUGUCAUGGCCUAGAGGAACCCAGCAACAACACUAUGACCCUUGACUUAGACUCCCUGAAAACCCAUGAGCUCCCCUCUACUGUGAACACAGAGCAGCUUGGAUUAAUUCAGUCUCAGCCACCUGCUAUGGGUAUGGGGGCAAAUAGUGCUGGACCCAACAACACUGGUGCAAAGCUGACCACAGGACCAGGAGGGAGUAGUUCUGGUACUGGCUCAGGGGGGCUCCAAUCUCCAAUUUUUUGCUCCUCUCGUCCUAAGAAGCUUCUUAAGUCUAGCUCUUUCCACCUGUUAAAGGAGCGGCGUGACCCUAACACACUACCUAAAAAGAGUUAUGCGCAGGAAUAUGAGUUUGAGGAUGAUGAGGACAAGGCUGACCAACCAGCUGACAUCCGGUUGAAUAGCAGAAGACUUCCAGACCUUCUGCCUGACUUGGUAUCGAGCUGCAGAAAAGCAGGAGCAGGUGGCUCUCUUAGUCCUUUGAUGGGGGAUAUUGACUUCUAUCACUCAUCUGGCUACUCAUCUAUAGGUUCACAUUCUCUCAUGCCUCAAGAGGGCCCUAAGAAAAGAGGUCGAAAGCCCACCAGGCCCAAGCGAGAAGGCCCCCCACGACCAAGAGGCAGACCUCGUAUCCGGCCAAUGCCUGAGCCAUACACGCCACGUGGAAUGCUCAAUGAGAUGGGAGGGUCAGUGGGCACUGGAGGAGGUUUCAGUGUAGAAGGACGAGGAAGGGGUCGUGGGCGUGGGAGCAGAGGGCGUGGAGGACGACGAGAGGACAUGUACAUCGAAAUGAGCUCAAAGCAGGAGCACCUGCACCACCAUCCCCUUCAUCCACAACAGUCACAGCAACAGCUGCACCAACAGCCACCACAGCAUGAGCCGAUCCCACCUCUGAAGAUUAAAUUACCAAUUGGUACAAUGUCCUCAUCGGAUUCUCUGCUGAGGACGGACUCUUUGUCUGGUACUGAUCCUGGUAUGUCCGAUGGCUCAGUGGGCUCGGCUCCCUCUCUGGGUCUAAGCCCCGGACCACAGUGCAGCGGUGAUGGCUCCAGAAACCACGAGAAGAACAAACAUAAAGGUCACUUGAUGAGUGAAACUGUAGAUGAGGAAGGCAUGGGAGACAGGGGGGAUGACAAGGAUUCAAAGGCAGGCUUUGUUGCUUCCUUUUUGGACUUUCUUAAAACUGGGAAGAGACCUCCUGGCCUGGAUAUUUCUCCUGGAAUGGAACAUGACAAUGGUGAAAGUUCCCCAUGUAAACCUGGUGGUCUGCGCCCCCUCUCCCCUGCUCCUCCUCCACCACCUCCUCCUCCUCCUUUUGGGGACAGUGAGGGCAAUGGAGGCCUAGCUCUGGGCAGCUGCCCCAGCCCAAAGCGUCUGGAGGACGAGUUGAAGAGGAACUUGGAGACACUCCCAUCCUUCUCCUCUGAUGAGGAAGAUUCUGUCGGCAAGAACCAGGACCUGCAGAAGAGCAUCUCCUCAGCUAUUUCUGCUCUGUACGACACUCCACAGCUGACCACCAGUCUGCAGCCACCAUUGCCACCUCCUCCUCCUCAGCCACAGCCCACACAGGCUCCUCUGACCCCCACUUUGCCCCCACCUGCCCUGAGCCCACAGCCACUACAUACUCCUCACACGCAACCACAGUCAGAAGAACAAGAUGUCUUGCGAGCUGAGGAGCAGGACACAUUGGAGAGUAGAGAGGAGAAUGAGCAGAGGAGCAUGGGAAGGGAAGAAGAGAGUGACAUGACGGAGGAGAGGGAGCCUCAACUACAGACUCUGUGUGCUCCAAAGAAUGAAGAAUCUCUUCCUGAAGUCUCCGCAGCCCCAGCAAGUCCUGAGGGUCCCUCUGCGCCUCCCUCCCCCACGUCAUCCUCCUCCCCUUCUCACUCCCCACUGCCUCCCCUGUCCCUGCCCUCACCCCCUGCUGUUGCAGAAGUUCCACAGCAGAGCUCUGAGCCUCCCACUUCAGCUCCUCCAUCACCGCCAGCCUCCCUACCUCAGCCUCCUUCUACCCCUCCACAACCCCCUGCCCCCUCUGCCCUUCCUGCUCCUUCUGCUCCUCCUACACAAACUCCCCCACCUGCACCCACUGCUCACAAGGAGUCUCGCACACCUUCUCCAGAGUCACCGGCUUCCCCCGAAGAACGCCCCCCACCUAAGAUCACCUCACUGCACCUGGCACAGAAGCAGGAAGAUGCUGCCAUUGCUGGAGAGAGUGAAGAGGAUGAGAGCGAAAGUGGAGGAGAGGGCAUCUUUAGGGAACGAGAUGAAUUUGUGGUGCGAGUUGAAGACAUUCGCACACUCAAGCUGGCCCUGCAGACUGGCCGUGAGCCCCCGCCUAUAUGGAGAGUGCAGAAAGCUCUGCUACAAAAGUUCAGUCCAGAGAUCAAAGAUGGACAAAGGCAGUUCUGUGCCACAAGUAAUUACCUUGGCUAUUUUGGUGAUGCAAAGAGGCGGUACCAGCGAAUUUAUGUCAAGUUUUUGGAGAAUGUUAAUAAGAAGGACUAUGUCAGAGUCUGCUCCCGCAGACCUUGGCGCAGGACUACGCCACUCAGACGACAGAGCCUUCCUAGAAUGGCUUCCCCUCCUACAAUACAGCCACCAGCUAGAGCCCCUGAGAAAGAGGAGAGAGUAGCUCCACCUGUCCAACGUGAAGCACCGGAAAAGGCCAAAACACCCACCCCUCCCACGUCAACCCCCCCAACAACUAUGACGACCACCACCACCACAACAAAAGAAUCCAGGGAAAGAAAGGAAGCCCCUGUACAAGCUGUGCCCAAAGCCAAGGAGAAAGACAAAGUGAGAGAGCCUGAGCGAGAGCGUGAAAAGGAGAGGGAGAAGAGAGUACAAGUACAGCAGGAGAAGGUUGAAAAACGUGCUGUGGACCGCGGAAGAGUAAAGGAGGAGCGGAAAACAGUGGAACGAAAGGAAAAGGCUGAGCGUCCACCUAAGACCAAGAUGGCCAAAGUGAAAGCGGAGCCACCGCCCAAGAAGAGGAAGAAGUGGCUGAAAGAAGUGGCUUCAUCAUCAGACUCCGAAUCCUCCGACGAUGUACCCAGUGAAAAUGAAAUGCCUGUUAAGGGUGGUGUCAAUAACCGUGCCAUGAGGGAAAUGUUUAGGAGCUAUGUGGAGAUGUUGGUGAGCACAGCCCUGGACCCAGACAUGAUCCAAGCUCUGGAGGACACAGAUGAUGAGCUGUACCUUCCCCCAAUGAGGAAGAUUGACAGCAUCCUCAGUGAACAGAAGCGGAGGUUAUUGAGGAGAGUCAACAUGAGUUCCCAGCACCAGGAGGUCCUGCACGCAUACCCACAGAUUAUUGUGGAUCCUUUGGAUACUGGUGUAGUGAGGGUACGGCUUAGUGGAGACUCAUACAACCGCAAGACGCUCAACAGAGUGAAGAAGACCCUGCCUAAACCACAGGACCUUAAACUUUCAUCUGAGUCAUAUCGGAUCUACAGUCUCUACCACUCCCUUCACCAUUAUAAAUACCACACCUUCUUACAAUGCAAGAAGGAGACGCACACCAUUGAGCAGGCGGCUGAGGACCCCGGCCAAGAGGAGGUGGUGCAGCAGUGCAUGGCCAACCAAAGCUGGCUGGAUACUCUCUUCACCUCCUUCAUUGAGCUGCUCACACUUAGCACCAAAGCCUGAGUCUGCAGCAGACACAUGGGAGGAGUAUUCAAGUAUUAAAAAGAAAAGGACAAGUUCCAUUGUACAGCACCCAUCCCUCUUCAAGUCUCUAAGAUCAGAAGAUGAUUUUUAAACCCACAAUGGGGUCUGUUUAAACGACCUCAGACAGUGGCUCUGUACUGUUUUCUGUUGUUGAUCGACUUAUCUUUGCUUCUUGAAACCCCCUUUUGGACUUGGGGGCACUGACAAGGGACCCCCCCACAUUGAGAAUUACACAGUGAAGGGACAAAAAUCAAGGAGCUGUAUCUACAAGUCAAUGGAAGAGCCGCUGGCAUCAUGUUAACUGUGUGUCAUACAGACAAUAGUUCAAAGAAAAGCUUACGAGAACGCUUAGUUUUUACAUAAAUUAUUUUUUUGAAAAGACUAACAUCAGCUGUUGGCUUUUAAAAAGAGUGGACAAGGGUGAGAAUGCUUUUUAAAAUGUGUGUGCAGAGGGCGCCUUGAGCAAUGUGAACAUGGACUCUGGUAAGAAAACAUCAAAUGUGUUGAAAAUGCUCAUCCUGUGCAACAUGAAGGGCAGCACCAGUAAGCUCUGUGAUAAUAUAUAAACACAUUUUUAUUAUUUAUAUGAGGUUUUUAACUUAACUCACAAGCCGCUGGGUAGCUGCCCUAACAUUUGAAAUACCAUUGAAUUGAAACAUCUUCAGUAAACAAUCAUAACCCACAUCACCAAGUUGUCUUCCCUCUAUACAAAAGAACAGAUGUUGGGACAAACAUUGUAUCAAAUACAGUGGGUGUAAAAUAUAACAAGAUAAAACAGAAGGAAGGAACAUCAUAUGGAGAAUGGGAAACUCUGAAUUUGAACUUGUUGUGUUUCAGUUCAAUCAUCCUUCAUGCAGGUGCGAUAGAAAAAAGUGAACUGUUCAUUUACUGUGUUGGAAGGAAUAUAAAUAAUAUUUAAAGAGGAAAUAGUCAUUUCAUUUUUAUCAUUUUGAUGUCUGUGCAUACUGACUUAUUUUGAAAACAAUCUAAUUUUCCAUAAAAAAAGGAAAAAAAAGAUGUGUAAAUAUUGUACAGUUCUUGAUGAAAUUCUUUGUCCUUCUGUACAUUAACUCUCCUGUAUUUGAGAAACAAAUAAAAUCUGCAAAGAGCA